AUGAGGUCAUUCAGUCUGUGUACUCUACUAAACCUGGCAGUUGCAGUUUACUCUGUGCCGGCACCAGAAGUUACUGUGCAAGAUGAAAGCUUUGCAGAGAGCUACCUGAAGAAAUUUUACAACCUAACAGAGGAGAGCGGUCCAACUGUCAGAAGAGGGAUCAGCCCGGUGAGCAAGAAGCUGGCUGAGAUGCAGAGAUUCUUUCAGCUCGAGAUCACUGGAAGGCUGGAUGCUGACACCAUGGCCGUGAUGAGGAAACCCCGCUGUGGCGUUCCAGACAACGCAAUUGCCCGUUUCUCCACGUUUGGAAACCACAAGUGGCAGAAAAACAGCCUUACCUACAGGAUUGAGAACUACACACCUGACAUGUCCGUAUCAGAGGUGGAUGACUCCAUAGAGAAAGCCCUGCAGGUUUGGGCCAAAGUCACUCCUCUGAGGUUCACAAGAAUCUACAGUGGCACGGCUGACAUCAUGAUCUCCUUUGGCCGCCAAGCACAUGGAGAUUAUUACCCCUUUGAUGGCCCCGAUGGCACUCUUGCUCAUGCCUUCGCCCCAGGUACUGGCAUUGGAGGAGAUGCUCACUUUGAUGAUGAUGAGACCUUCACCUUCCGCUCCAACAGAGGCUACGUCCUCUUCAUGGUGGCUGCCCAUGAGUUCGGCCACUCCUUGGGCUUGUCUCACUCUAAUGAUCCUGGUGCUCUCAUGUACCCUAUGUACUCGUACAGAAACCCUGAUACCUUUGUUCUGCCCAGGGAUGACGUCAACGGCAUCCAGUCUAUCUAUGGUCCAAAUCCGGAUAAGAAUCCCUUUGUACCUGAACCUCAGCCCCCCACCACCCCUGAUGCCUGUGAUUCAACCAUGGUCUUGGAUGCCGUUGCCACCCUGAGAGGAGAGAUGCUCUUCUUCAAAGACAGCUUCUUCUGGCGUGGCUACCCCUGGAGCAAUACACCUCAGCAAAGUCUCAUCACAAACUUCUGGCCGGAAGCCCCUGUCAAUAUCGACGCUGCUUAUGAAAGCCAACAGUCAGACAGAAUCCUACUCUUUAAAGGUGGUAAAGUGUGGGCCUUCAGUGGCUAUGAUCGAGUACCAGGCUAUCCUAAAAAACUUAGCAGUUUUGGUCUGCCAAGAGGUGUGAGGAAAAUUGAUGCUGCCCUCUAUGACGUACAGUCUGGCAAAACUCUGUUCUUUGUAGGCAACUAUUACUUCAGUUAUGAUGAGGCCAAGAAGACAAUGGACCAGGGAUUCCCCAAACGUCUUUCUCAGACCUUCUCUGGACUGACCAGCAAGGUGACUGCAGCUUUCCAGUACAGAGGUUUCACUUACAUCUACAGUGGACCCUAUAUGUUUGAGUACAGCCUGAGGAGUGGGAGGUUGUACCGUGUGCUGAGGAACAGCUACUUCUUACGCUGCACUAACUUCUAGACCAGUUUAUCCUCUAAGUUUUCUAUAUAACCACUCAUGGAGAAUAUUUUUACUAUUUUAAAUAUUCUAUUUUUUAAUAUUUAAUUCUAUCAAAUUCAUUUGGAACUGUAAA